CCAAAAAUUAUAUUUCCGACUUCUUAGGAGACAGAAUAACAGUAAAUGAUGCAAACAUAAUUGAGGGUGAUAUCACGACAGGAACAGGAGUUGUUCACAUCAUUGAUAAAGUCAUAACUUCCCCUUCACAGGAAAUAAUAACUGACGAUAGAGAACCUGUACAAAGUGUAAUUGUGGUUCCUCCAAGUGGUGAUUUGAUUAGCUCCAAUGUAGUGGAAUUAGCUAAAGGAAUGGGUCUCAAUAAAUUUGUACAUUGGCUCAUCCAAACAGACUUAAUCAAAGUUGUUCAAGAUGGAAAUCGAUACACGAUCUUUGCUCCUACUGACGAAGCUAUAGAUUCUUUGCCAGGACUUGAAGCAAUUGAGAAAGAUCCAGAUCAGUUGAGAAUCAUCUUAAAAUAUCAUAUUAUACCACUUUACAUUCAGACAGGUCAGAUAGAAAACGAAAAAAGAGUAAAAACACUACUAGAGGGAAAGGAAAUCAGAUUUAAUAUUUAUCAAAAUGGACGAGUGUAUACAGCUAGCGGUGCACCUUUUGCACCCAGUAAUAAUCCUGGAAAUGUUUUGAUAGCUGUAGUAGAUAGGGUCCUCUUCCCUCCUCAAGGAGACACGUUUACCACUCUAACGAAAUUACCAAUACUUGGAGAUUUGAAGAAAGCUGUAGAAAGGGUAGCUUUAGAUGAAGAUUUAAGAGGUGAAGGACCUUUCACAUUCUUUGCUCCAAGUGAUAAAGCAUUCGAGAAUUUAUCUUUAGAAGAAAGGCAAAGACUUCUGAACAAUCCUCAAUCACUCAUAAGUAAUUACCUUUGAAAUAAUUAAAAAAAAAUUUAUAUAUUGUUGAAUUUAUUAUAAUUUUCUAAAUUUUUAGAUCUGCUAAAACGUCAUUUAGUAAGAGGGCGUACAAUAUAUACAAGCGGUGUUUCAGAAGGAAUGACACUAAGAUCAGAAGCAGGUGAUGAUUUAACAGUAACACUCAAGCCAACUUGCAUUGCCAUCGAUGGAGUUAAUGUCGCAUUCCCAGACAUCAGCACCACCAAUGGUGUCAUCCACGUGGUCGACCACUUUUUGUAAAUGUGAAAUAUUUUGCUUUUUAAGCACGUCACACCAUCGAAAAGAAAAAAAACAUAAUGGCAGUAAUAGUGAGAA